AGCGAUACAGUGUAUAAAUUACUCGAAUAGUCUUAGGAUAUCUCCAAUAAAAUUUUAGAAAAUUAAUUAACUAUUUUAAACUUACCAUUUCGUAAAAUCUUUUUCCUUUUAUGCAUUUAAUAAAUUGAUCUUUAGUAGCGUCUAAUUGUUAAACUCAUGUAUAGCCGUUUUAAUAGGGUUUGAAAGCUAAUAAUGCGCUUUGGUAAAGGCACAUCCACUGUACUUAGAGAGCUGGUAAAAUAAGAGGAACGUUGUUCUCUUUUAAUAUUAUUCUCGACGUCUUUCUUUAACAUUCUACCUUGGUACUAACAUUCGCAAUCAAUUUUUGGCCAAAAAUUAAUAAAAAGUGCUAUAUAGAAUUAAGCGUAUGCUUAUCAAAUAAAUAUAUAAUCAAUAACACCAACGGUGGUGUUAAAAUCAAAUUAGAAUCGCAUACGAGCUGGUAAAGCGAAAAAAUUCGGUAACAAUUUGUUAAGGGGAAAUAGGCCUUGUACUCUAAAUUUAAAGAUAAGCAUCAGGAUUGACAAAUGAUGAGUUACGAUGGCUUACUAUCUCUGUCGCAGUUGACAGAUGAGAAGGUGAAACUUAUUCAAGGGAGUACAACUCCACCAUCGGCAAAGACGAGUAGAACAAACGUGUCGACUGCGGCGGCCGUUGGUACGAACAACAUCGCAGUAAUCCCGUCAGUCGCGUCCGCACUUGUCGAUGUUACAGUCGAAGAAGAAGAGCAAGCAGCAACAAUACAAACCAUUCAGUUGCCUUUAGGUAAUAGCGAGAACAACAAUGCUGAUUUAGAUGGAAUUGCGAGUACAUCGACCGCAAUAGCCACAACAACAAAAGGGCAUUUAAAUACAACAACGGAUACAUUAAAUGCGGAUAUAUCAACACCGCAACGGAAGAUUUCAGCGUCAUCACGAUUUAUGAACGCAUUCCAGCAAUUUUAUUCGAGCGCAACUACAAUAAACACUGAGGGAGACGACGCAGAUAUCGGUACGAAUUCAACAAACAUCAUGCCUGCAGUUAACCGAACUCCUCAUAAGGGAAUGGAAUCAAAACUUCUAUCUAUGUGGCAUAAUGUGAAAUAUGGCUGGAGUGGAAAAAUUAAACCUAAUUUUUCGAAAGAACAGCCUGUUUGGCUAUUAGGACGUUGUUAUCAUCGUAAGUACACUCCACCAUCCUCUAUGGAGAGCUCAACUGAAUUAAGCACAAAUGCUGGCGGACUUAUUGCUACUUCUCUAAGCGGCAGUGCUUAUGAAACUGCGGAACAAUAUCUACCUGUUGAUGGCGCCACAAAUACUAGUAACAUAUAUCCGCCACUUAAUCCGCAUCAAAUAGAUGAAAUUGUGGUCCCACAAGAAUUAGGCAUGGACGCAGCUGAAAAUCAAGUAGCAGAGCAUCCCUGGGAAGAGGGCAUCGAAGGUUUUCGUCGUGAUUUUUAUAGUCGAAUAUGGAUGACCUACCGUCGGGAAUUCCCAACAAUGAAUGGUUCAAACUAUACUUCCGAUUGUGGUUGGGGUUGCAUGUUACGUAGCGGCCAAAUGUUAUUGGCACAAGGGCUUGUCUGCCAUUUCCUAGGUAGAAGUUGGCGUUAUGACGCAGACACGCAACUGCAUUCUACUUUUGAAGACAAUAUGCAUAAAAAAAUCAUUAAAUGGUUUGGUGAUAGCUCCUCGAAGAGCAGUCCGUUCUCCAUACAUGCGCUGGUUAGUUUAGGUGAAGAAAUGGGUAAAAAACCAGGAGAUUGGUAUGGUCCAGCAUCGGUUUCGUAUCUUUUAAAACAAGCGCUAAAAACGGCGUCCCAAGAAAAUGCAGACUUCGAUAAUAUAGCAUUUUAUGUGGCAAAAGAUUGUACAAUUUAUAUGCAAGACGUUGAAAAGGAGUGCCGCAUACCAGAACCCUCCCCAAAGAAACAUGUACCCUGGCAAACAAAUCGUCGCAUUGAAGCGAAAAUGCCCUUAAAACAACAAUGGAAAUCCCUUAUUUUGCUAAUACCGCUACGCUUGGGCACGGAUAAAUUAAAUCCCGUCUAUGCACACUGCUUGAAAUUGCUUUUAAGUACAGAGUAUUGCAUUGGCAUAAUCGGCGGUCGACCAAAACAUUCAUUAUAUUUUGUCGGAUUUCAAGAGGAUAAACUAAUACAUUUGGAUCCGCACUACUGCCAAGAAAUGGUCGACGUUAAUCAAGACAGUUUCUCAUUGCAAUCAUUUCAUUGUAAAUCGCCACGUAAACUGAAAACGUCGAAAAUGGAUCCAAGCUGUUGCAUCGGCUUUUAUUGCCAAACAAAGACCGACUUUGAUAAUUUUAUGGAAAGUGUGCAAUUAUAUCUCCAUCCGAUGCGAUGUGCUUCUGGUACAAUGGAUAAGUUUUCAACAACAUCAUGUUCUGGCGGUCAAAAUGAAGGUGCUCCAUAUGUUGAAAUGAACUAUCCGCUUUUCACAUUUUCACGCGGUCAAUGCCCCGAAGAAGAAUGGGAUUCAAUCAAUGAUUCCUUUUACAAACCAAUGCAGCAACAAAUUACUCAAAUGAAACACGAGCUCGAUUUACAAAACUAUAGUGUUGCAAAUGUGAACACACAGGAGGAUGAAGAGGAAGAAACUGAAGAAUUUGUGCUGCUUUAAAAAUAUAUAAAUCCAAUAUAUAUGUAU